UCAAUGAUGUGGUCUCUGGAAGGUCAUGCUCCUCCCAUUUGUUUUCAGCCAUACCAACACCCCGACGAGUCCCCACACCCAACCACAGCCAAGCCAACCAUGCUGCCCUCUGAAGUUGAUUGGGAAAUCCAGGAAAUCAUGAGGAGGCUAGACCGGCUGGCACCAGACCGCCCAUUCGUACACUUGAAUGCCACCACCAGCGCCCAGCACAGUGUGGCCACCCUCCUCCAUCCCCGAGACACAUACUGUGUUGGAGAAAGCCUCGAGAUCCGCGUGGAGGCCCGGGACCACUGGGGACGCCCCAAGGAGUACGGCGGCGACUUCCUGAAAACCAGGAUCUCUACCCCAGCCCGGAAGGCGGGUGCCUCUGGAAAGGUGGAAGACUUCCACAAUGGCACCUACUUGGUCUCCUUCACGCUGUUUUGGGAGGGCCAAGUCUCCGUGUCCCUGUUGCUCUUCCACCCCAGCGAAGGGACGUCCGCGCUGUGGAGAGCCAGGAAGAGAGGCUACGAUAAGGUCAUCUUCACAGGCAGUUUCUUCAAUGGAUCGUCGUACGUCAACACCGAAUGUGGCUUCGCCCUCGACUCAGGGGCUGAGUGGUGUGAGUACCUGGAUCGGCAUGAGCAGCAGGCAUUCUACUGUGUGAAGCCACCGCACGUGCCAUGUGGUGCCCUGUUCCAGAUGAAGUCCAAGAACAAACCAUUGUCUUAUCUCAGUCCCCAGGAACACAGCCUCUUGGUCAGGGCCAACGUGAAUGGUGCCAUUGAGAAAAGAUUUGGAGCCAUUGAGGUGUUGCAGUGUAACAACCAAAUUACAAGCCCACGGGAGAAAUGCAAGAUCGGGCAGCACUCCCCGUUCCCCACUGGAUUCGCCUGGCAAGGCGCGUGGACUCCGGUUUCCUGCCUCGUGACGCAGUUUCAGACCCUGGACCAGAUCAACGCCUGUUUGACGGGGAAACUCAUCUACCUCCUCGGAGACUCCACGCUCCGCCAGUGGAUGGAAUACUUGGUGAAACACGUCCCCACACUGACACCUAUGAGUCUCCACGAGUUUGGGAAGCUCCAGCCUCUUUUCGCCCUGGACUUGGGAAGAAAGAUCCAAGUUCAUUGGCAAAGACACAGCUACCCCUUGAUCGGAUCAGCUAUCUAUUCGGUCAAAGUCAAUGCAUAUCUGGACCAGGUCAUCGACGAGAUAGCAGGCGAGAGAAACACAGCGGUCGUCUUCACCCUGGGCCAGCACUUCCGGCCCUUCCCCAUCGACAUCUUCAUCCGCAGGGCCAUGAAUGUCCGCGAAGCCAUCCGGCGCCUGCUCCUCAGGAGUCCGGACACCAAAGUCAUCCUCAAGACCGAAAACACCAGGGAGAUGAUGGCAGAGCCGGAGAGAUUCGGCGACUUUCACGGCUACAUGCAGUACCUCGCCAUGAUGGAAGUUUUUCGGGACAUCCCUGUGGGGAUCAUCGAUGCCUGGGACAUGACCGUGGCAUUUGGCACGAAUGACGUUCACCCUCCUGAACACGUGGUUGGGAACCAGAUUAAUAUGUUCCUAAACUAUAUUUGCUAAUGAAUAGGCACACAAAAAUAUUCGAAAAGAAAUCCCAGCCUGGGGCAUAUCAUCCAGCUCCUUAUUUUUUUUCCAACCAUCCUCAAUUAUGUCUCGGACAAUGGCCCAAGAAGAUGGCCACUUCUCUCACUUAGGUCCAGAAACUGGCCCUGGCCACCAUGGCGGGCCUCAAUGUCACCACCCUCACUCCAAGCCUCUUGGCCUGGGGCUUCUCACCCCUGUGACCAAAAACUCAGGGGGCUGCAGUUGGUCAGGGGCCAUUUGGUGCUGAUGGCAGCACCAGAGAAGAAGAGAAGAAGAAUGUAGGUUCUUGGGGGAAGUGGCGCAGGGUAAUUGGGAGAUUUCCAAUCUUUCUCCCCUUCCUCCUCAGCCACCACGUUUUUUUCUCCUUUGUCCCAUUCUGGUCCAACCUGAUCUUUCAACUCCAGGUAUGUGGUGGAAGGGGAGGGAUCUGUUGCUUUAGAAUGGAAGAUGCCAGAGUAGACUUGGAGUAGUUAAGGGUGCAGGAAGAUUGUUGGGGGGGAAGAAUUGG